UUUUUCCUUCCACUUUCCUCCCUUCCCCUCCUUCCUUCGCCGGCGAUGGGCGCCGGGCUCCUCCUCGGCGACGCCGCCGGCCUGGGGACCCACCUCGCCAUCCACCGCCGGUCUGGGACGCGCCUCUACCUCCGCGGCUGGGCCCCGCGCCCGCGGCUCGGCGCGGCCGCUUGCGUCUCGCGGAACCGCGGCCGCCGCGGCCACGUGGCGAGGUUCGCGGCCUCCGCCGCGGGCGGCGGGGACGAGCCCGGGGAGCUGUCGGAGGACGAGGCGCAGAGGGAGUGGGAGGCGGAGCUGAACCGGCGGCUGAAGGAGGCUGAGGAGAUGGAGGAGCUGGAGCGCACCGCCGAGCAGCUGCAGAGCCAGGCCGCCGCCGAGGCCACCGAGGAGUCGGAGGAGGAGAAGCGCGAGCGCGUCCGCCGCGAGCUCCAGAAGGUGGCACAAGAGCAGGCAGAAAGGAGGGCAACGGCCAAGCAAAUGUUUGAAUUGGGGCAAAAGGCAUACGGGAGGGGAAUGUAUGGCCGUUCAAUUGAAUUCUUGGAGGCUGCACUCACUAUCAUACGUCCCUCCUCUCUCCUAGGUGGCGAGAUCCAAAUUUGGCUUGCAAUGGCAUACGAGGCCAAUAGGAGGCACAAGGAUUGCAUUGCAUUGUACAAAGAAUUGGAAAGUAGCCACCCCAUGAUCAAUAUCAGGCGGCAGGCUGCUGAACUCAGAUACAUUUUAGAGGCACCCAAGUUGAAGAUAUCAAAUGACGAGGUGGUCACAAUACCACAAAUUGGGAGCAGCUGGGAUUGGUAUGCCGGAACAUGGAGCGACAAAAUCAAGGAACAAGAGGACAAGAAAAGAAUGAUGAGUGCUGCUAGCAACCAAGUUCAACCUUCUCCAAACAUCUUUGGAGAUUUCUCCUUCUUGCGACGGCCAAGUGAAUGGAAGAAGAGCGCAUGGGUGGUCAUUACUUUAUGGAUCCUUUUGAUUGGUACAGCAAUCUAUCUGCAAACAUGAAGAACUCCCGCAACUCUGGAACAAGCCAAUUGCAUGUUGGCCGAACACUGAUCCAUGGUUCGACAACUCUGGAGGUGCUGCUAAUAUGGCUUUGUCUCAGAACACUCUAAGACAAGAUAGGUCAUGGUGGAUUGCAUUUGUUAUUUUAGCUAUGCAAUCCAAGGAUGCAUCAUAUAUACUCUUCCGGACUGGCAUGGGCCAUUUGUCACUUUGAAGAUAUUUUUUUGCUGCAAUGUAAAUACUAACUAUUGUAACUAGCAAUGCAAGCAGAUGCUAGCUAGUUCAAUUGAUUAGCAACCCAUCUGUCUGCUCAUGUGCACACUUGAUACUAUUUGCAUCUGGAGUUGAUUUGUAAGUACCUUGAUCUGAGCUGAUACGUGCUCCGUGAAAAAAAAAUAUAAGCAGCGCAAUAGACUGAUCAA